GAGAUUUUUUUUUUUUUUUUGAUGCACAGCAAAAAGUGGAGAUAGCCAUCUUAUUUGUAAGUCCACAGGUUUCCCUUACCUAUUCUUUGUCUAGCAAGUUACGAACAACUUCAUGGAUUAUGGUCAGCUCCAUUUUGUAUUAUCAUGUCUAUGGUUCUCCUUUACCAGCAGCUUGGUGUUGCUUCACUUCUUGGAUCGUUAAUUCUAGUUUUUAUGGUUCCUCUACAAAAAUCAGUGGUUUCUGAUGCCUUUAUGCCGUUGUUUUCUACACUGUCCAUCAUGAAUUUAUUUGUUUCAUCUUUCUUCCAUUGUGUCUUGUACUAAUUUUCUGUCUCCUGAGUCCUGAGGAUAGACCAUUCUCAUUAGCCAAAUGCGAAAAGUGACCAAGGAAGGACUGCAGUGGACAGACAAGAGAGUUAGCCUCAUGAAUGAAAUUUUAGCUGCCAUGGAUACUGUGAAGUAUGGUUGAAUUUUUUGUAGACAUGUUAUGGCAUCAACAAUGAUUUUACAUUUACUGGCUCUAUGCCUGAAGAUGUUUUAGAUGUUAUGCAUGGGAGAAGAGUUUUCAAUCUCAAGUCUAGAGUGCACAGCAUGAGGAGCUGUCAUGGUGUCACAAAGCACAAUUUCUAUCUGCUGUAUGACUUGAAACUUGAACAUUUUUAGCCUGUUAUCGCUCAUGUAUUUUUUGAAAGAUGCCAGAAGCAGGCUGGUUUUGAUGGUAGCUAUACAAAAUUUCCAUCACAACUGUAUCUAUUCACUUUUCCAUGAAAAACUUUAAAUGCAACACCAUCAAUCUGUCUAUCAUGUGGUAUUCUUCAUCUUAUCAUAAGCUCUUGUUACUAGGCUAACUCAGGAAUUGCAUUCUUUUCAAGUUUUAACAAGUUGUCUUCUGUUGCAGCUUAAUGGUUUCAUACUCAAUAGCAUACCAGUUGUUGUGACAGUGGUUUCAUUUGGGACAUUCACUUUGCUUGGUGGAGAUCUGACACCAUCUAGGGCAUUUACGUCACUUUCUUUGUUUGCAGUGAUACAAUUUCCUCUGGAGAUGCUUCCUGGUUUACUAAGUCAGGUUUUGUGCAUUUCACCUCUGUUUUGUGUGUAUGCUGCUCUGUGGAGACCACCGAAUCUCUUAUUUUCAACUUUGUUUUCUAAUGCUGUAUUCUUUCACU